AACUUUGUCGUCCACGGCCUCAGUUCCUCUGUCUCCCCUUUUUCCCGUGUACCCACGGGCCAUUUAUACAUACGAGGGAAAUCCUGCUGCCGGGAAGAACAAGUCCAACCGAGCCUUCGAGCAUCGCAACUCUAUUUCUUCUCCAAAUCUCACCGUGCGACAGAGCUACUCUAAAGAUGAGUGCUGGCUUCCUGGGGGCGCUCAUUCAUAGGCUCACGGCUGCGCUGCUCGUGUGCUCGUUUAUGGUGCUGACGCAGCCCAGCGUCUGCGCGGCGCGCAACCUGCACAAGCGCUCCUUCCAUGAGCUCGGCUGCCGUGGCAACUUCGAGCAAUCAUACCUGGCCCGUCUCGAGCGAGUAUGCGAAGAGUGCUACCAGCUGUAUCAAAACCCGGAGGCCUACAACCUAUGCAGGGACAACUGCUUCAAGAACGAGUACUUCCUGAAGUGUGCCGAGGCGCUGCUUCUGAAAGAUGAGAUGGACAGUCUCAAAAGCAAGGUCGAUUACCUCUACAGCCGCUGACCGGUUUGUCAAACAGAGGAAGAGGAGCCACCCACCAGUGUUUUAUACUUUUUUUUUCAAAGACACGCCCCAGUACCAACUGGUUAUUAUCUGCUCCGCAAAAAUACCUACCAUAGGUGCAAUUACUAUUCUCGCCAAGUGAUGCGUAACGCAAAAUACAGGAGAACGAAAUCCCCUGAAAACGAUUCGGUAAAACCCGGUGUGACAUGUCUGGUGACACCUGGCUCGGAGAGUAACCUCGAGAAAUAUAUGCAUCUUGCUGAACCUUUACCGCUCAGAGAGCAAGCACGGCCUGGUGCCUACUUCUUCACGGGCUGCGCUCUGAAGCUUUACCAAGGAAUAACUCCUGGUGCGAUUACGAGGAUGAUGGCUGCUGCGUUGCGUCCACGAUGACAACGCUUCUCUUAGACAUUUAUUUUGGCUUAGUUCCAACAUAACCUUGCGUCUUCACUGCCUGCAAAGCAUCGUGAAUAUAUACAUUUUGCUUCUGCGUGAUGGUGGCAGAUAGGCACUGCAGGUGAAUGAGAACAAAAAAAAACAUACAUAAACUAAGCUUAAAUAAAAAUAAAUCUAUUUUAUCCUCUUUA